CUGGCUCCGGGGCCCCUGGCGGCGGCUCCCGGCUCGCCCGCCUCCGCCCCGCCCCCCCGCCGCGUUCCGGGUCUCCUAGCAACCGGGAGAAACUUUCCCGCGAGCAGAACGCCGCCGCCGCCCGCCGCUGAUGCCGGAUCCCGGCCCGGGGCCGCCUGCCAGCCGCGAGUCUCCCCAGGGCAGCGGGACCAUGAGCCACAGCCUCUCCUUCGUGGAGCUGAUCAACCUGGCCAUCGGGACGCCGGAGCUGGGCAAUGUCAACUUCAAUGCGCUGCACCUGUUCCUGCACAGCCUGGUGGAGCAUCUGCGCCUGCAGGAGGCGAGGAAGGAGGUGUCGGCGGAGGAGCUGGCAUUCAUCAAGCCGCCCCCCAGCUCCGCGGCCUCCGCUGCCACCUCAGCCACCGAGACCCUCCCCGCGGUGCAGAAGUCCAGCUCCAUCUUCCACCAGAUGCAGGAGAGGAUCACUGCCAUCGAGAGGCAGCUCCGGUUCCUGAACGAGCCCCCUGACACCGCCGAGCUGCUGGCCCGCAGCCAGGGCAUGGGCCAGCCCGCCCUGGACAUGUGGCAGAUGAUGCAGCUGAAGAAGAAGCUGGAGCUGAAUGAGGAGGGCAUGACCAAGGCCAUGAACACAUUGCAGGACCUGCUGAAUAGCAUUUGCUCUCUGAAAAUCGCCACGGAGGGCUUUCAGGAAGAACUGGGGCAGCUGAAAGAAGACGUUGCCCAGAUCAACGCAGAAGAAAUGAAAAAGCGGCUGAAGUGCCUGGACAAACAAGCCAGGAUGAUGGAAGAAAUGAAGGAGCAACUGGGGCUCGUGAAAGAGAGGGUCAGCCUGUCUGCCAGUGCCUCGGAUGUGGUGUGCUGGAGCGCCCUUUGCGAGACGCUCACCGGCAAAACCUUCGAGGAAGAGGAAGAAGAGGACAGGGGCAGAGAGAAGACAUCUCGGGAGAUCCUGGCUGUUCUGAGCCAACUGCCUGAGAAGCACGAAGCUCUCCUGAAGCACAUCACUCAGCUGGAGGCCCAGUUGAAGUACCCAGCAGGCCCUGCAGCUUUUGAAAUGCCCCCUGAGCUGAAGUCGCUGCUGGAACGGAUGGAGACAUUGCAAACUCAAAACCAACAGGGAAAGGAAUCUCUGCAAGAGACCCUGGAGCAGAUCGAGAAGCUGAGGGAACAGUGUGAAAACCUGCAGCAGGGAGUGGAGAAGCUAUCCAGGAGCAGCACAGAGAUGCAGAUCAUACGCAACCUGUUGCAUCAGCUGGAUGUCAAGAAAGCCGAUAAAGACUCGAUCCAAGAGGAGAUGAAUGUGAAAGCUGACAAGAGCGCGCUGGAGGCCAUGGUGAACCAUGGGCAGCUGCAGCUGGCCACCAGCCAACUCAGCGAGAUGAUGCAGGACCUGCUGCAAAAGAUGUCCCUGCAGGACAAGGACUGGCAGAAGGCGCUCGAGAAGCUCUUUGUGGACAUGGACUGCAAGCUGGACCGCUUGGCCCUGGACCCUGUGAGCCGACAGCUGGAGGAGGUGUGGAAGUUCAUCAAGAAGUACCUGAGUGAGGGACCCCGCUUUGACGCCGACAGCGCAGCUGGCUUCAAGAAGCAGCUCUUUGAGAGAGUGAAAUGCAUCUCCUGUGACCGGCCAGUGACCAUGAUGACUGGGCCGCACAUGAUCACUGUCCGGAAGGCCACACUGAAGCCUCGUCCAGUCAGUGCCAGUGGCUACGAAUACCUCUUCCACCAGCAGAAAAGGGAUCAGGAUCCGAGUGAGAUGAGUGGCAACCCCCCUUUGCAGACCUGCUGGCAAUGCCAAGCCCACCAGCAAGCCUGCGCCCUCAAGCACCUGUCCCGGGCCCAGGACUUCGCCACCCUCUACCCCUAUGGGGACCCCACGGCCAUCACCUACGACAAUACUGAGGUAGACAUUCUGGGAGUGAAUGGGGUCCUCUACAAAGGCCGAGUGAGCUCACAUGCAGCAGAGCGGACGUUUGCCCUGCAGAAGGAAUUUGCAGCUCUGAAGAUUCCCCGGCCUCCGACGGGGGUGCGAAUGGAGAGAGUCCGCUCUGCCUUUGCAGACAUCAGCACGGUGCCCUACCCCUCCUCCGCCCUCCGUCGAGUGGGGUCUGCAAUAGCCAACAGCAACCAGCGACUGCAGCAGCUUAGCUGUGACCCCGUGGACAGAACAGUCAUGGGUGCCGCCCUCAGAGAAAGCCACGUUCAGAACGAAAGGGACGUUCCAGGCCUGUGAGCUCAGCUUCAAGAGCCCCACCACGUAUCCUGCCUCUUCUUAGAUACUCGCUAGGUUCCUCCCAGAUGGGACAGGGGGUGGUAGCGGUGGAGGUGUGUCUUCCCUUCCUUCCCUCUUAGCUGGGUGAUCAGGGCCAGGCCUUUCAGCCAGCCUCCAUUAUGGUGUCUUUCUAGGGGCACCCAUAGCUUUUAGCAGACUCCUUCCCUGAAGAUUUUGGUUAUCCCUGCCAGACCUCUGACACUGUAAUGGAAGAAGCUGCUUCUCGUCCACCUGAAACAGAGGCCACAGACUUGCAUGGCUUUCAAAGGAGAGCGGCUGUGUCCACAACUACCAUCAUGCCCGACCUACGUCAGAUGUACAGCAGAUCAUGGGCUAAAAUGGUGCUUCUCUCCCCAGUGAACCAGGAUUCCCAAACAAAACAUUCAUUAUGAUGACAGUGAACACACGAAUUCCAGGGGCCAAGAUCUUCCCGUUUGGGCCUUGGCAUCGUCAGAAACCUGACCCUGAGCCUUUCCUCCCCUUUCCAUAUGGGACCCUGGAGAUAUUCCUGAUACUGUCCCUGUCUCAGCCAUGGCACAGGAAAGCAUUCGUCGAGUGAGAAAAUGAUUCUAUAA